GGCGCCGUGCUGGAGAGAAGAGGGGUGUCGCUGCUCCCUGCUCUCUCCCUCUCCUAGCAUGGUUCCCAUCCUCCCUUCACUAUCAUCUAACUUCACACAACAGUAGUUCCCAUCACAGUGAUUUAACUCCUCAACUUUAGGGACCAAAGUGUAUCUACUGAGAAGUAUUUUGGCUGCAAAGGUAAAUGUUUAAAACACUGGAAGAACAUUUGUCAGCCAGAGAAAGUUUAUGUACGAUAUUGAGACCCAUUGUUCCCGUACCUUAAAAUGUAUUGUAUAUAGAUAAUUAAAUACUGGACUCAAGCAAAGGAAUAUAUAAAGAACUCUGAAGGUUAAUGUUGUGACGUCAUGAUUGCAGGAAGAUGGGGGGGAGUGGGGGUAUACCCCAGACAGCUCCCCCUCCUUCUCUUCCUCUUCCUCCUCUUCUUCCUCUUCUCCGUCCUUCCUGUCGCAGCCCAGCAGGCAGACGAGGGGCGUUACUUCCGCAAUAUGUUCACUUUACCUGACCAGUGUGUCCACAAUGGUAUCCAGGCUUCUUGCACCUUCAUCCUCUCCUGCCUCUUCCGUGGAGAUACUCCAGUGAACAAAUGUGGUGGAGGCUUCAUAUAUACCUGCUGCAUACCCACCAUAGCUACUGUCAGAUCUGACGCUGUCAGACACAUCAAUUUGUUCAACAGAGAACCUCCCACUUUCAACAACCCACUUGGUCGACAGCGAUUGCCACUUCGUCGUCCAAGACCUUAUUUUCCCCCACGAUUUUGGGGCCCUAAUCGACUCCCAGUUCGUGUGGGCCCAGUUUUAAAUUCGGCCAGACAGCAGUUCCAGGUUCCCGUCGAGUCCAGAGUUCAACAACCGACUCUUUUUAAUGAACCAGAGUGUGGUAUUCAAAGAGUAUCUCAGUUUGCCAAGAGAAUCAUUGGUGGUAAUGAGGCCAGGUUUGGAGAGUUUCCCUGGCAGGCACACAUUCGCAUCUCGGGUUAUCAGUGUGGAGGCGUCCUCAUCAAUCACUACUUUGUUGCUACAGCUGCACACUGUGUACAUAAAGCCCGACUGAACCAGAUCACUGUCCAUCUGGGCGAAUUUGAUACCAAAGAUACGGGCGAGUACGAUGAACCCUUCCCCAAGGAAACCUUUGCAGUCUUAGAGAAGAGAAUACACCCGAGCUUCAAAUAUAUGUUGACUCAACCUGACAGAUUUGACAUUGCUGUACUACGCUUGAAUCGUCCAGUUAUUUACAGAGACAAUAUUUUACCUAUUUGCCUUCCGGAUCCCAGUGAUGAUUUUAUUGGUGAAGUCGGCAUCGUAGCUGGCUGGGGCAAGACUGACAACUCAUUUGGAAAAACGGGUACCAAUAUAUUAAGAAAGGUGAUGGUUCCCAUCAUCAGCAAUGAGGAAUGUCUCCGCUGGCACCACCACAAGGGCAUAGAUGUCAAGCUCCACUUUGAAAUGUUCUGUGCAGGCCACUCUCAGGGCAAGAUGGAUGCUUGUCUAGGUGACUCGGGGGGACCUCUGGUUAUCCACAAGAAUGAGAGGUGGGUUCUGGCAGGCAUCACAUCAGCUGGGUUCGGGUGUGCAGUGGAUCAUCAGCCGGGGAUCUAUCAUAAAGUUUCAAUCACUUCAAGCUGGGUAAUAUCAAGUGUUAAAACUUGAUUACGUAUGUACAGUUUAGUACGAUAAUAUUAUUAUAAUUGUAUAUUUUUGUGCAUUAGGUAAAAAAAGUACAGUAUUUGAUUUCGUCACAUUUGUUUCCUAAAGACCUGCCGAGAUCUUGAUUAUUUAGCUGUACAGGCAAUUUAAUUUAUAUGUACAUUACUGGCCACUUUUAUGAUCUUUAGGGUUUGCUUAAAAAAUAAGGUUACACCUAGUUUCCAACAAAUUGGCAUAUAAUAAAAUAAUUAUUAAAAAUAUUUCUAAACAGUAUUUUCCAAAUUAACUACAGCUACCUAAAUUUUAAAAGCAGUAACUUCAUUCUUGGUAUU